AUCGUUAGACACCAAAAAAUACUUGAAACUACUGCUGAAAACAGGGAGAGUUGGGCAGAAAUCAAUGGAUUAUAGCUCAUUAACCAUUGCCAUAUUGUUUAUUGGAACUUGUACAACCUUCAAAAACCUUGAUAGAUAUAGAAACACGUACACGACGUUUUUUAAAAAUGACAUGUAAAAUCUACCUGUGUGAUGUCCAGUUUAUUGUUCAUUGUAUAUGCGCUCCAGGAACACGUUUAUCGAGUGAUAAUCACCUUUAUUUGUUGAUUGAGCUUUUCAAUACCUUGAAAAGAACUGGAUCGUUCUUACCGUGCUUUCCUUUACUUAUAGAUGAAACUUUAACUUUCAGAGCAAUAUUUUUUUCUGAACGUCGUCAUGUGAAUCGGUGUGGUAUAUUUAAUGGUUGUAAAAUUAAUAUACAGCUUUGUGAAGAUCCUGGUAACUCUGCAACAGUUAAAUCACUAGCUUUCUAUUCACGUAAUGCUCAAGAAUUUUUCGGUGAAGUUGACAGCGAGGAACCGCAUGUCCGUAAAAUUCGAGAGAUAUUUCUAAGAAGAACCAUAAAUUUUUCAGGACCUCCUAUAAGAAUGAAGUUCACUACAAUAACAUCCUUUCAAAAAAUUCCAAUUAAACACCAUAGUGAAUUUGAAAAGUUACCAACGUGUUACACUUUAAUGAUACCAGAUGAUGGUUACUUAACAGAUGAUAAACAAUUGCUUAAUUCAAAUUCAUUUACUAACCAUUUAUCAUUUGUGAAUCGAACUUGUACACGUAAUGCCAAAUGUCUCAUCUCAUUGAUGAAAAUUCCUGAUGAAGAUUCUAAAGAAAUUGACGAAACUAAUAUGAGAAAAAGAAUAAAUCCUAUCAAACUACUCACUACAUCGUCAUCACCUAUGAUGAAUCCAUAUAAGUGUGAUUAUGGACAGAUUAUUUAUCCAGCUGAUAGAUUAAAAUUACCAAAUGUACAAAUGAUUGUUAAAGAUGAACAGAUGGAUAUGGUUGAAAAUGAUGCUGAUUUUUAG